AAGGAGGGGCUCGUCUCUGACCACCUGACCACAGCUACAGUGUCCGUCUCUCUCUCUCUUUCUCUCUCUCUCUCUCUCUGUCUUAUCUCUCCUGCAGACCAACGUGGAGCUGCAAGUCCUUCCCUCACCGGCACCUACUUCAUCUCGGCAUAGGUCUGGGCUGUGACCCCCUGCUACAGUCAUGGCACCCAAAAAGAACAAGGCCGCUAAGAAGAAUAAAGCAGACAUCAAUGAGAUGACAAUCAUGGUGGAAGACAGCCCAGUCAAUAAAAUCAAUGGGUUGAACACUCUUCUGGAAGGUGGCAAUGGCUUUAGCUGCAUCUCAACAGAGGUCAACGACGCUGCCUAUGCCCCAAACCUACUAGAAGGCCUUAGCAACAUGAGACAAGAGAGCUUCCUGUGUGAUCUGACGAUAGCAACCAAGUCCAAGUCAUUCGAUGUGCACAAAGUUGUGAUGGCAUCUUGUAGUGAGCAUAUCCAUAACAUUCUCAAGAAGGAUCCAUCCCUUAAAAAAAUUGACCUCAAUGAGCUGUCCCCAGUCGGUUUGGCCACGGCUAUCACGUAUGCCUACUCUGGAAAACUGACCUUGUCGCUCUACACCAUUGGCAGCACGAUUUCAGCAGCCAUGCUGUUACAGAUUCACACUCUGGUUAAGAUGUGCAGUGACUUCCUAAUGCAGGAGAUCAGCGUUGAAAACUGUAUGUACGUGGUCAACAUUGCAGAUACAUACAACCUGAAAGAAACAAAGGAGGCAGCGCAGAAGUUCAUGCGUGAGAAUUUCAUUGAGUUCUCCGAGAUGGAACAAUUCCUGAAGCUCACCUAUGAGCAGAUCAGCGACUUCUUAACAGAUGACUCCUUGCAGCUGCCGACUGAGCUCACAGCCUUUCAGAUUGCCAUCAAGUGGUUAGACUUUGACGAGAAGAGACUGAAGUAUGCCCCAGACCUGUUGACGCACAUUCGCUUUGGCACCAUCACACCUCAAGAUCUGGUCAACCAUGUCCAGACUGUUCCCAGGAUGAUGCAAGAUCCAGAGUGUCACCGUCUUCUGGUGGACGCUAUGAAUUACCAUCUGCUUCCAUACCAACAAAACAUCCUCCAGUCCAGAAGAACCAAGGUCCGUGGUGGCCAAAAAGUACUGCUUACCGUGGGUGGACGGCCUGCCUUGACCGAAAAGUCCCUGAGCAGGGACGUUCUUUAUAGGGAUGAGGAUAACAUCUGGAACAAGCUGACUGAAAUGCCUGCAAAGAGCUUCAAUCAGUGUGUGGCUGUAUUAGAUGGCUUCCUUUACGUGGCUGGUGGCGAAGACCAGAAUGAUGCCAGGAACCAAGCAAAGCAUGCUGUGAGCAAUUUCUGCAGAUAUGACCCCAGAUUCAACACAUGGAUUCAUCUCACCAGCAUGAUCCAAAAGCGUACACAUUUCAGCAUCAACACCUUUAAUGGUCUUCUGUUUGCUGUUGGUGGACGCAACUCAGAUGGCUGCCAGGCUUCCAUCGAGUGUUAUGUUCCAUCCUCUAACCAGUGGCAGUUGAAAGCCCCAAUGGAGGUACCAAGAUGCUGUCAUGCUAGCACAAUCAUCGAUGGCAAGAUCUUGGUAACUGGAGGUUACAUCAACAAUGCCUACUCUAGGGCUGUGUGCUCGUAUGACCCAUCAACAGAUAGUUGGCAGGAUAAAAAUAGCCUGAGCACUCCGAGAGGCUGGCAUUGUUCCACCACUGCUGGAGAUCGGGCUUACGUUCUCGGUGGUAGCCAGCUCGGAGGGCGGGGGGAAAGGGUUGACGUCUUGCCAGUCGAAUGUUUCAACCCUCAUACAGGCCAGUGGAGCUACGUUGCCCCCUUGCACACAGGCGUGAGCACGGCAGGCGUGGCCACACUGAAUAAUAAGAUUUACCUCCUGGGCGGAUGGAACGAGGUGGAAAAGAAGUACAAGAAAUGCAUUCAGGUAUACAACCCUGACCUUAAUGAAUGGACUGACGAUGAUGAGCUGCCUGAGGCUACAGUGGGCAUCUCAUGCUGUGUUCUUAAUAUCCCCACCCGCAAAACACGAGAAUCCAGGGCCAGCUCAGUAUCAUCUGCUCCUGUCAGUAUAUAGGUGACAAAAUAGGACAGGGGAAUAUUGCUAGGUUGAUCAUUCAUAAUAUAUUUCUAAGCUUUUCCUCUCAACUGUGAAUUACUAUUCAGACUCAGGCCAACCAUACUCAUUAAUAAAAACCUAUCCUGUGGUCAUUUUAAUGAGCAAUCACAUACUAAACAGUUCAUCAACUCAAUUGACAAUAUGUUAUGCGAUGUAUUCCUUUUCCUUUUCGAUUUGAUCAAAUCUGGAAUUAUUCUUCAAAUUUAAGAUGAAUUUUCAAGUAUUAAAGUGGCUCAUAGCUUAUGAGGACACUGAUAUACGAUUAAGUUUUUUUGUUCAAAAAUUUUUUUUUUUGUGUUUUAACAGCAGAAAGCAUUUUCUAAUUCAAAAUAUUUAGCCGUAAUUCACUUAAUAGUUGUAUUUUAAAAUGGGGCCAAGGCUUAUAAUUAGACACUGAUGCAGUUGGCAGUACAUCAUCAUGAAGUAUGUAUCUGAAGUCACAAAAGUAUGAGAUUUAUGUACUUGAGUUCUAAGGAAGCCAAUUUUAUAUAUAUAUAUAUAUAUAUAUAUAUAUAUAUAUAUAUAUAUAUAUAUAUAUAUAUAUAUAUAUAUAUAUAUAUAUAAAAGCUUAACAAUCUAAUAUCUCACAUCAUCCAUUGAUGGCUCACUAUUAAAUACUGCUCCCAUAAGCUAAAAGUGUAAUGAAUAUGAAUAUGGAGUAGUGGUGAGUGUUUCACUUUAGUUAGUCCUACCUGCCAGGUGUAGGUGUAAUCGAAGCAGUUUACUUUUCCAUCUGAUACUUUAAUAGACAACAGUAAAAUAUAUUUUUAAAAAAAAAUGAAGCUUUAGAACACUCAAGGUGGAAGGUUCGACAGGGAUGACAUGUUUUGUAAAACGAUGAAGGGGUUAAUGGAAUCAAAGCUACAUACCUGAGCUGACUACGUAGGCAAUAAAGAUUUCCGAUUAUUCCUACCAGCUCAUGUUUUAAAACUCGUAGGUUCUUGGAAACUGAACAGAGGGUCAACCACACAACGAAGGUAUCAAAAUGUUUUUAAAAUGUGACUGAUUUGAGAAGAGUAAUGUUUGUAUUUAUGCUGAUUCAUUGUAUGGUGAAUUACGCAGGUUCAUUGUACGUCUCCAAGUUCUGCAUAUUUAUUAAAGGUUCCUAUAAAAUGUU